AUGGCAGAAGAGUUGUGUGAGAAGUUGAGAACGAUGGCGGCAAGCUCAGAAACAACAGAGAUAAAUGAACCAAUGACGUUUAAAUUGAAAACCAUUCAAGAAAUAUUGAAGCUUCAUUUCAAAGAAAAGGAAAAGACACGAAUAAGUGGAGAUGCCUUGAGGCUGACAACAGAGGUGAUUAGAGUGUUUGUCAAAGAGGCAUCAGCAAGAGCUGCAAUGCAAGCUGAGAAUUCAGCAGAAAAAGAGGUUACUAUUGAACACUUGGAAAAGAUUUUGCCACAACUGAUCUUGGAUUUCUAAGCAACAUUUUCCAGAAGAAACUCAGUGUUGGUAGAAAACAUGAAGAAAAAUUUAUCACUAAGUUGUAAAUAUCAAAUAUAUAAAAAUCUUAUUGUUAUUAUAAAUUCAUGUCAAUUUUUUUAUUAAAUAAAAUUUCACUUCAACUUUUCUGGAAGCUAUGGCCAUUUUUUUUGCUGUUACAUAUACUUGGAAGUUCUGUCAAAGUUUAAACAAAGACUUAAACACCAAAGUUUCA